CGCCCCUGUCGGAAGCUUCCAAUUGGUUCUCUCGCGAGACCGCAGAAUUAGGGUUCGAAGUUCGAACGAUGAAACAUCGUACCUGAUUUAGAGCAAUUAAUGUCGUGAUUCUUCGUCGAGUUCAAGUUGUAGCAUUUUCACCCCCGAUUCUAUCUCGUUGUAUCAUUCUCAUUUUUCUCCAGAACUUGCCUCGGAGUUGGGAAUUUUUGGUUUUCGCUUGGAUCCUAUGUUCGAAGCCUCUUGAUUGGAUCGAAAGAGUGUUUUUUUUUUUUUUUUUUGUGAAUUUCCUUUCGCUUUCUCGAUGGCGAUCAUUGGCGACGCCCUUCGGCAGGCAUUCAUGCCGGAGCACGAGUAUGGGAGGCUCAGGGAGGAGGAUCGGGCUUGGGGGCGCCUGCAGCGGCCUCUUGUCACGGCCACCGCGGCCACCGUUGGCUUCGUUGUCCUUGUCUCCGUCGUUGUGAACCUUAACAUCGUUUUCCCACGUGAGGCUAGCCAGCGGCCGUUCUGCCGUGAUUGGAAGGUUCUCCAGGCUCUGCAGCUGAAUAUGAGUCAGGAGUCGGAGUUGCAUCGGUACCACGGAGCGUUUUAUCUGACGGACCAGGAGGUGAUCGAUUACUAUUGGAUGGUGGUCUUCGUACCCUCCGCAAUUAUCUUCUUGGUCUCUGUUGCGUACCUCGUCUCAGGAAUAGCCGUGGCUUAUGCUGCACCAAGAAGUCAUCCAUGUCUCAAGAUAGUUGAGAAUAACUUCUGUGCUUCCAGAAGGGGUGGAGUCCGCUGUCUUUCCCUUCUCAACAUUGUGUUUGCUCUUAUCUUUGGUCUCAUGGCUCUUUUCCUCGGGUCAAGCCUACUGACAAUGGGCAAUAGCUGCUCAAUGCCACUCUUUUGGUCCUACGAGAUUGCUUCUUGGGGUUUGGUCAUAUUAUACAGCGGCACUGCCUGCAUCUUGAGAAGAAAAGCAGCUGUCAUACUCGAUGAGGGUGACUAUGCUAGUCACAAUCUCGGGCUGGAGAUGUUGGAACCCUCAACCAAAGUGACUCCUGAUAUGGAAAGGCGUGUUAAUGAAGGCUUCAAAGCUUGGAUGGGUUCUUCCCUUCUUUCCUCGGACGAAGAAGAUGGUCCGGAUGACUAUCUAGAGGAAGCUAGUCUAAUCUUAGCAGACGAAGAUCGAUAACAAAGGUUUAUUAAAUUGUGCAAUAGUUAAGCCUCCAUUUUGUUACCCAAAGAUGUAAAUACAACUAAUUUUGAGGUAGAUGUUUUGCGCUAA